AUAUCGUCACAUCGCCAUAACACAAUUGCCCGCUUGGAGUCUGAACUUGGAGACCUACCCAGCUCGCUCGUGUCUCUUCCUUUUCUCUCCAAACUAGCACCGGAAUUCCACCCACCUUUCAUAACUAGCAGCCAACAACACAGUAGAAUGGAUACAUGAACACCGUGGGUGUGGUUGGCCCUGCCGGCUUCUGCCGCCCACUCGCGCCCCCCUAUGUCGCAGCCACCCCCGCCCCGACCGCCUCUGCCGCCCCUUCCGCCCAUCAACUGGAGCAGCAUCCCAUUAGCAGGUCCCGCGACCAACGCAACAAACCGAACCCAACUCAUCGGAAACUGCGCGACUUCCAACCCGGGCAACUGUAACGGCCACGGCAUCCUGGGCCCGGGAAACUGCUUCUGCAUCUGCGACGCCGGCUACGCCUCAGACUACUCGAACCUGCUCGCGCCCAAGUGGUGUGUGCCGGCCGGCUCCGUCUCCACCGCCCGCAAUCGCACCGUUGACAUCAUCACCGCCGCCAACGCAAACAACGACGGCAGUGGAAGCCAGAACGUGGUGUGGGUGUGGCUGGGCACCACUACUGGCAUGUCGGUGACCAUCGCGCUGUCGGUGGGGGUGCUGGUCGCUUCCCUGUGCUUCCUGUUCUACUGCUACAGGAAGUAUAAGCGUCGCUGCGCUGCCAAGGCGGGCGGGCACAGCAAAGGCGGUGGAGGCGGCGGCAGCAGCAAGGCCCGUGCCUCACACUACUAUCAUGUGUACCACAACGGUGCGGCCGCGGGAGCAGCUGGAGCAGUGAAUGGCGCCGCGGCGGGUGUGUUGGCUGCGGGCGGCCCUGGCGGCAUCCCUGGCGGCGGCUGGCCGCCCGUCAUGCCCAAGCCCCCACCGAGUAACUUCUUCAAGAGCUGGUGGAUGCACAAGGGCGACAAAGCCAAAUCCAAGGCAAACAGCGCCGCGGCCACCGGCUACGGCAUCUACGGCAGCGGCGGCGGGCGCGGCGGCUAUAGCAACGGCCGUGAUGCGUACGGCAACGGCGACGCUGGAGGCGGCGGGUACGGCAACGGCGGUCAUGGCUUUGGAUCCAAUCGCAUGUUGGACUUCGCCGCUCUGGGCUCACUGGGGGCAGACGCCAGCCCGGCUAUGGCGGCCCAGCUGGCCACGAUGGGGCGCAGCCCAAGCUACAGCCACAGCCGCAGCCCCAGCUACAGCCAGGGCCAGGGCCACAACGGCUACAGCCACGGCUACAGCCCCAGGGCUCAGCAGGGACCGCUACCCAGCUCGCCGGUGGCCGGCGGCAAGAGCCAAGCCGGCGGCGCGCGCAGCUUUGUCAACCCGCUGGCCCACAUGCCUCAGGAGCAACUGCCGCCACCGCCGUACGACUACCGCCUCGACAGCCGCAACGGCCCCACCGGCGGCGGCACCAGCGGCCGCCACCACCCAACGAACUACCAGCCCAGCACUACCCAUGACUCCUCACCACCACCGCCUUCGAGCUCGCGACAGCGGCCGCCGGGCAAUGACUAUGGCGGCGGUUAUGACGAGCGUCAGGGCUACAGCCACCGAGCUGGGCCGUCUCCCCAUGACGCUUACGCUGGCUCAUAUGAAGCGUACUCACAGCAGCAACAUCAGUACGCUCCGCGUCCGCGGGAGCAGCAAGGAGAAGGAAUAGGUGGUCACAGGAACAGCUCCAUGCGCAGAGGGCUCAGCUACAGCGGCCACAAUGGAGGCGCAAGGGGUGGCUACGGUGGCGGUUAUGGUGUCGGCGACGCGGGCGGCGGCGGUGAGCCCCGAAUGGCGCUAAGUCACAGCCGCAGCCCCGGUGCGGAGGACGGCGCCCAGGCCGGAGGCGAGCACUCCCCACGCCCUGGACGUGGUGCGCGCGCAGCAGCUGAUGGUGUGCCGCGGGCUUCCUCGUCCUCGACUAGCAGCCGCCGGCUGCCAGUGCUGACGUCGUCACCACCGCCGUCAGCAAGUGCCGCUGCUUACGUGGCGCCUGCACCGGGAGGUCGGGGCGGGCCGCCGCCGCCGCCUCCCCCAGGAGCCCCUCCGCCGCCGCCCCGCCCGCAGCAGUACCACCAGCCGCGAUCGCCCAAACACGGUUGAGGGAGAGCAUGCAAGGCGGUUGGGGCUAUGGUGUUCAAUGUUGGUGAUGUUACCUGGGGUCUUGAGUUUAAGGGCAUGCAAAUUAGGGCUGACGGACCACGAAUGGAACAACUGCCAGUACCGUGUGGGCAAGUGCACAAGCAAGUUCGGGCACGUUCAGUUCGGGUUGACCAACCGCCAUAUGCGGAAACGCCUAUGUUUGCGCUUCUUUGAGUUUGCGCAAAAGGGGGCGCCGGUCAUUGGUACCAGCUGGGCCUCCUACGCUUCGCGCCUUCCCGGUGCUGCGGGCUGGCGGGCAUGUGGGGAGAGGCACGGGCUCCAGGUCCGUCGUAACUGUGCCGCCUGACAUGCUACGAAGGGGUGCUUAAAGAGAGCGGGACAGAGAGUCAGAGAGAAUGGCGUGCGAAAGUGCUGGGCUCCAGGGCCAGGGCGCAGGAAGGUGGAAGGUGGGAGGCUCCCCGAUCUCCGCCCGACUCGGGAGACACAGCCGGCCAGGGCGUGCACGCUUGCGUGAGUAGCAGUUGAAGAGCUUACAUGCUUCGUUUGACUUGCACGCGAGGGAACGCUUGCGGCACUGACUCCUGCCACACCUCGAACGGCUUUUGUCACAGUUCCAUGCUGCAGUCUCCGUCGCUGCCACUGACGGCUGCCUGGAAGGGAGAGACGGGACGACCAGCAAGGAGGAGGGCCUUACUGUCUACUUAGUGAUCUUUUGCCGGCAAUCAUAGCGCAGCACAGUUCCGUCAGUUUCUGGCGUGUGGGCAAGCUGUGGUUGCUGGAUGGAGGCCGCUACGGCGCAGCGGUUGAUACUGCCAGUUGACCUGCCAGAGGUGGAGAAGGUGGUAGCUGCGCCUGGGGUGCAUGAUUUUUGUGCAGUGCCAAGCCAAGUACAGCGCGCCGGCGGGCAUUCUACAACCUACUAGAUCUGGACGCGUGGGCAUUCCCCGCCUGUGCCUGUCUAGCCUGUCAUCCCUGUGCGGCAUGGGUCUCUCGAUAUCGGUAGUUCCUUGCGCUCAACCAUGAUCUGCCUUCGCCUGCAUGCCUCGCUGGUUCACUUGCCUCUACCGCAAUCCUACGCAAUCCAAGGGAAUGUUUCCGAGCAUAGCCGCACAGUACGAUAUGUAGUAGGCCGCAGCAGUGGGGAGUGUUGUGGCUAGAGGAUUUCCUGCUGUUUGGUUGCCCUGUGGUGGCUGCGCUUGUGCUUGGCAGCGGGCCGUGGCUGGACGCAUGGGCGCAUGGCGCGCCGUGCCUGUACGAACCGACCCCGUCUAUGUCCGGGAGAUGAGGUAGACGCUUGCGGCCUCAGACUGGAGACGUGGCGUGGGCGCAGCCCACUUUUCUGAAAUACUCUGAAAAAGAAACGGCAAGGAAAUACUCUAAAAAAG